AAGAUAAAAAGAAUAAUAAUAAUCCAUCGGUUUUUUGUUGUGAUUUAGAAGAUCGGACCUUCUUCGUGGUAUCGCAACCGAGAAAUUAGCAUCUCCCGAGUUUUUUCGCAAUCCUGCCAGAAAGAAUUUCGGCGGCCACUGUCGAAGAUGAUCGUCUGCGUCGCCGUCGUUGGCCACCAGAACAACCCCCUUUACAUUCAAAGCUUCACGGAGGCCGAUGAUGCUCUCAAGCUCCACCACAUUGUUCACUGUUCCCUGGAUGUCGUCGAUGAGCGAGUGAACAAUCCGAGAAAAUCUGGACCGACCCUGAACGAGACAUUUCUGGGUCUUCUUUAUCCGACAGAAAAUUACAAAGUGUAUGGCUAUUUGACUAACACCAAAGUGAAGUUUAUUAUGGUGACAACAGAUCUAGAUGUCAGAGAUGCCGAUGUUAGAAGUUUUUUCAGGAGAUUUCAUGCUGCAUAUGUAGAUGCAGUUUCGAACCCGUUUCAUGUGCCAGGUAAGAAAAUUACUUCCAAAACUUUUGCAGAAAGUGUGAGCACCAUUGUCAAGUCAUUUGGCUUCAGUUCAGCUAUUUGAGUGACGAACCACGCAACCAUUGUGUAGAACUGAAACUUCAAUACCGAGUCGAAGCCAUUGACGACAGCAGUUUAUAAACCUUUGUUGAUUACUGUCAUCUUUCUUGUAUUCUUGAUGGUAUUUGAUUUUUAUUUUAUCCGUUGUGGUAAGAAAGGUGAUACAACUGAACUUUUUUUCAUAGACAUUGACUGUUUCUAUUUUGAGCUCUUUCUCACAUAUUGGAUUCUGCUUCGAGCUGAAAUUUUAUCUAUGAGGAUAUUAACUUUAGAGUUGGUUAGCCUAAAGUUGUA